GGUGGAAUAUAAGCCUCUCGUUGCCCGGGAGCGGAGCCAUGCCUUAGACGCCCGCCUCCUCUCCGCUUGCCGGACGCCUCUCGUCGCCCUCGGAGCGGCCAUGAGUUUCCCCCAAGAGGACGGGGUGGGCAGCUUGUGCCACAAGGCGCUGCAGAUCAUCUCCGAGCUGUGCCUGGGCGGGAAAGUGGAACUGGAGAAAUGCUCGGGCAUCUUCCCGCUGGAGACCAGCAGCCAAGGUAUAAGCAGCCCAGACAUCUCCGUCAGCCUACUAGCAGUCGUCGUCAGCUUCUGUGGACUUGCCUUGCUGUUAGUCUCCCUUUUUGUCUUCUGGAAGUUGUGCUGGCCAUGCUGGAGGAGCAAACCCGUGGCUUCGAAUAUAACCAGCGUCCCCCAGAACACUUCCAGUGCACCUUUGGAGGUUUCAGAAACCAAUGAGAAAAAAGAACCCAUUAAAGAAAACGGGAAGCCCUCGGUCAAGGUGGCUGAAGCAGCCAUGAAGAUUAGCCACACUUCACCUGAUAUUCCAGCAGAAGUUCAGAAUGCACUCAAAGAACAUCUCAUCAGGCAUGCACGGAUGCAGCGGCAGAUCACAGAGCCCACGUCUUCAUCAAGGCACAAUUCUUUCAGGAGACAUUUGCCAAGACAAAUGCAGGUGUCCAGCGUUGAUUUUAACAUGGGGACAGAUCCAGUUUUACAAAGAGGAGAAACAACUACCAGCAUUGGAAGGAUAAAACCUGAGCUUUACAAACAGAAAUCUGUGGAUUCUGAAGGCAAGAAAGAAGAUGUGAAAACCUGUGGAAAACUUAACUUUACCCUCAAGUAUGAUUAUGAGAAUGAACUGCUGUUGGUGACUAUUGUAAAAGCUUUGGAGUUACCAGCUAAAGACUUCACGGGUACAUCUGAUCCCUAUGUGAAAAUCUACCUUCUUCCAGACAGAAAAAAGAAAUUUCAGACACGGGUUCACCGCAAAACUUUAAACCCUGUCUUUGAUGAAACUUUUCAGUUUCCUGUAGCCUACGAUCAGCUUUGCAACCGGAAACUACAUUUCAGUGUGUAUGAUUUUGACAGGUUUUCUAGACAUGAUAUGAUUGGAGAAGUUAUUCUUGAUAACUUCUUCGAAGUCUCUGAUCUAUCUCGGGAGGCUUCAGUAUGGAAAGACAUCCAUUGUGCCACUUCUGAAAGCGUUGAUUUGGGGGAGAUCAUGUUUUCCCUUUGUUAUUUGCCUACGGCAGGAAGAAUGACCCUCACAGUCAUCAAAUGCAGAAAUCUCAAAGCUAUGGACAUCACUGGCUCAUCAGAUCCGUACGUCAAGGUAUCCUUGAUGUGUGAAGGCCGGAGAUUGAAAAAGAGGAAAACAAGUAUUAAAAAGAACACUCUCAAUCCGGUAUACAGUGAGGCCAUUGUGUUUGACAUCCCUCCAGAGAAUGUGGACCAAGUCAGCCUCUCCAUUGCCGUUAUGGACUAUGACCGAGUAGGGCACAAUGAGGUGAUUGGGGUAUGCAGGACCGGACUUGAUGCAGAAGGACUUGGAAGGGACCAUUGGAAUGAAAUGCUGGCAUAUCCCCGGAAGCCGAUAACCCACUGGCAUCCCUUAGUAGAGCUGCCAGGCCGAGCAACCAGUUUUGACAGUCAAGGAUCAUGCUCAUCACCGAAACCACCCCUUACUCCAUAGAAUGAGCCAGAAGUAUCUGAUGAUCAGGAUGACGAGAUCCCCAUACCUAUACGCAACUGAAGGUUUGGGCCUCACCGAUGAUCUGC